AAACAAUCACGUCCAUCGUUGGUUUAAGAGUUGUGAACAAGACAACUGAUGGAUACUGGUUCCUUCUUAAAAUCAACACAACUUUCAAAGACAAGGACGAUAAAGUAAAGGCUCACAUAACUGGCUACUUUCGCGUACAACUACAAACUGCAGGAUCAAAAGGUUCCAACCAAACGAAUGAAUCUUUUCAUAUUUAUGGUCGUUCCAAAACUGACGCAGAAUUCGUUCGCUACUUGCACGGGGUGUUGCACCAACUCUUACCCUCUGUAAGGCGUGAAUUGUAUGAAGAUGUGGACGGACAGCGAACCAGUAAACUAGAACCAGAAGAAUCGCCCAUUCUUCCUGGACCCAUCCGGAUGCACCGACAAGCCGAUACUAAGCAAAGCGAUUGUGUAUUGAUUAAGAAUCACUUCAAUCGAACGGAUUUCGUCAACUAUUCUUCGAAAGUCGACUUAGAUGUCAAGUAUGCAGCCUCAGUCUCUCUCAAUAAGUCCAGCGGCAUGGUCUCAGAAAGYAAUGUCUCCAUGUAUGAACGAUUAAACUUUGGUGAGCCAAUGAAAACAAAGAACGGCAAUGAUAUCAGUAUGAUGAACGUCACUCUACACAGUCAUGUGACUCGCAUGAAAAACGACGAACCUUUUAUCAAAGACGAAGAAUUCAAGGCUAUCGAGACGGACUUGUUCAUCAAGCUAAUAUUACCAAUUGAUGCAAAGRAAAUGAAAUUUAAGAAGAGUGAUCAAAAGGCGCCCGCAUCUGCUUCUCAGAAAGGCAAACAGCGAAAGCGUAGAGGGACAAAAGAAGGUUAUAUAUCUAGUAGCAUCUCAAUACCACACGAACAAAAGGAAUAUGACGUAUUUGAGAAAAAAGUUAUUGGAAUAAACUUCARAGGCAAGGAACAAUUCUGGGUAUCACCUUACGAAAAGUGGUACUGGAGAGAGCAACAGCGUUUUCAGCUGCGAAACAGAUUGUCUUUGGAAAUCGGGGAAUUUCCUAUAACCGUGUAUGAAAAACAAUUUAUCAGCGACGAGAACGAAAAAACAGAACCGGAACGGCGAAAAGAUCUGUUACGUACACCGGAAUUCUGUCUGACGGCCCUUUGGAUUCGCUUCUGUGUGCAGUUCAGUUUGAACAUACGUUAUAGUAUCAAAGCAAGACUAGUCAAAAGCGAGACGUCACUGUAUUCUCCAUCUAAGAUUGCUGUCGAAAUAACGCCCUACGCCGCAGUUGCUGUAACUGGAGARGCUUACGCAAGUGUUKGGGUUCUUCGUGGUGGAGUGUACGUCGAUGGCAAUAUCAUUCGAGGCAGUUUAACAGCAAAACUGUCGUAUAAUGAAGAAAGRYCUCCCGGUAACAAAUGGCUUUUAUCUUUGAAUUUCCACAUGACUGUCUGUGAAAUAGAAGCAGGAUUGUUCUACCAAUGGAAGAAGUGUAAGGUGCGCUGGAGUGGGUGGUGGCCAAGAACAAAGUGCGACUGGGGUAGAAGGCGUACCAUCUUACGUUUUGGAAGAUGGUCUGCUUACAGGAGGGAGGACAGGGUUCAUCAUUAUUUAGGCUAACCGCCCAUUUGCAAGGACCGCGGAGAAAAGUAACAA